UUGCAAGUUAGUAUGCGAGCAAAGUCCACAUGUUGGUAGUGUUGACAAUUUGCAGCGUUUGACAGCUGAACGCUGAUCGCUCCCCUCAGAUCACAAUGGCCGAGGCCAGAAGCGCAGUGUCCGAACCAAGAGUCAGUAAAUUUGAGGAAGAUAAGACCACAGCACCAGACGUUUUAGAUGCAUGGCGACGGGGGCUCCUUAGACGUUUCUUUAGAACACGAAACUUGAUUCGCAAUGGAAUGUGGCCUACCUCUACAUGGAACCUCUUCGCCUUGGUCACACCUCUCACUGCACUCCGAUUGGCUGACUGGAAAGCUGUUCGUCCAAUCACAGACCAGCUACAUAAAGUGGAAGAUCUGAUUUGUUUACCAACAGGAUGUCCAGUUGUGAUCAAGUCUGUGAUUGGUUCAGUUGUUGUCGGUCUAGGAUUUUUCAUCGUUGUGCUGUAUGUUCGUCGCUUCACCCUCCGAGCUUUGCUGUCAUAUCGUGGAUGGAUGUAUGAACCCCCGAAGUCCCAGUCAGUGUUGACGCUGAUCUGGGGUGCGAUGGUGCGUAUUGUGAGUGGCCGCCACCCCCUGCUGUACAGCUGCCAGCGUAGCCUGCCCAGAAUGUCUGUGCCAACAUUGAGACACACCCUGGACCACCUGCUGGACUCCCUCAAGCCCCUGUAUGGGGAGGACUCCGAGGAGUUCCAGACUCUCAAAGCCGAAGCCAAAGUAUUUGAACAGACACAGGGGCCAAAGUUACAAAGGAUGCUUGUGUUGAAGUCCUGGUGGUCCCAGAACUGGGUCAGUGAUUGGUGGGAGAAGUAUGUGUACCUGAUGAGUCGGAGUCCACUGCCCAUCAACUCCAACUACUACGUGAUGGACCAGAACUCCUGGAUACCCACACACAGGCCAACAUCCAGGGCUGCCACAUGCAUAUACCAGAUGAUGGUGGUGAAACAGAAGCUGGACAGGGAGCAGUUUGACCCUCUCGUCAUCCGGAACACGAUCCCUGUGUGCAUGGCCCAGUACGAGAGGGUCUUCUCCACAACAAGGAUACCGGGAGAAGACAUGGACAUCAUACAGCAUAAAGACCCAUCCGAGUCUAAGCAUAUAGUGGUGUUAAGGAAAGGAGUUUUCUACAAGGUGAAUGUGUACAGUCCAAGGAACCGACCGGUGCCACCUCAGGUCUUGGAGAAACAGUUCCAGUCCAUUCUAGAAGAUGCUGAAGCACAUCAAGACAGCCUGUGUAUGGGGGAGGAGAGUCUCCCCGCCCUCACCACACUCGACAGGACGUCCUGGGCUAAAAUCAGGAUGGAUCACUUUUCCCAUGGAGUGAACAAAGAAUCUCUUGAUAUUCUGGAAGGAGCCAUUUUAUUUUUGAGUUUUGACACUCACAGCUUCAAGGACUACUCCCCACGGGCCAAGUACCUGCUGCACGGUGAUGGCAAGUCCAUCUGGUUCGACAAGUCCAUCAAUCUCAUCUUCUUCAGCGAUGGACGCUUCGGCAUGAACAAUGAACACUCCUUCGCUGAUGCCCCGGUUGUUGCUCACGUACAGGAAUUCAACAUGCUCAACGAAGUGAUCGGCCUCCACGACACGGACGGUUAUGCUCACCCGGUGCCCUGUGAGCAGACGGAGAAUGUGAAGCCAGUGCGACUCAUCUGGAACAUCGACACAGGCCUGGGCGGGCGCAUCAAGCAUGCCAUGGAGGUUCACCAACAGAACUGUGAGAACCUGCAGAUUGUGGUGUCAGACUUCCAGCACUUCGGCAAGAGCUUCAUCAAGAAGUGUAAGGUGAGCCCUGAUGCCUUCCUCCAGAUGGCGCUUCAAGUGACAUACUUCAGGAACGCUGGCAAGUUUGCUCUCACGUAUGAGGCAUCCAUGACAAGACUGUACCUGGCCGGCCGUACUGAAACAGUGCGAUCACUCACCAUGGAGUCUGUGGACUUUGUCAAGGCGUUUCUGGACAAGAACGUGCCAGGGGAGGAGAAGAUCCGGCUGCUGUUGCGAGCAUGUGAAAAUCAUCAGAUCAUGUACAAGGACGCCAUGAAUGGACUAGGAAUUGACAGACACCUGUUUGCCCUCUAUGUAGCCAGUCGGGGACUCGGAGAUGAUUGUGAGUUCCUGAAAAAGGCCCUGAGCAUUCCUUGGACACUGUCCACCAGCCAACAGCCCCAGCAGCAGAUCUUCUGGGCACCAGACUGUAGCCUGCCACAGUAUUUUGAUAAGGUUUCCCCUGGGGGAGGCUUUGGCCCCGUGUCUGACGAUGGCUACGGUGUUUCAUACAUGAUACCCGGAGAAAACCGCUUCUUCUUCCACGUCUCUUCCAAGAGGAAUACCAGUAAUACCAACUCCAUGAAGUUCACCGACCAGUUGUUCCAGACAUUGCAGGAAAUCAAGGAACUCUUUGAUGCCCAUCUGAAAACAUAAUGCUAGAGACCUUAGACCAAGAAUAGCAUGAAUGGUUCGUCAAGUUACAAUAAUAUGAAUAUGUGAUUUUCUGAGAUUUUAUAUUGAACAUAGGGAUUGUUUGAUGCAAAGUAAUUGAAUAUGCAGUGGUCAUUUUGUUGUCAAAGAGAAAACAAACUUUAUGAUUAAGGCUCCCACCUUUUACCAAUGUUUUUAAGUAUAUGUGUUAAAAAAGGGACAACUUGCUGAUAUUUUUAGCGCCAAGGUUGCACCAUACAUGAAUCUAAGCCUUCUGAGUUUCCUGAGUCAAAAAGUCCCUGGGUGAUUGCUUGUGUUUUGGUCACAAUGUAAUCAAAUUGGAUCAUUCUCUGAUACAAUUCCUGUCUGCGGAUGAUCUGACAACUCCUCCGUAGAACAUCACAUCAGGAGAACUUUCUAAUCCGUUUCAAGCUUCUAAACUCCUGGUACCAGUACAGACCCGUGAAGAUCCGGGUUAGACUCAUGCUUGUUGUAAGAGGCAACUAUCGGGAUUGGGUUUUGAUGCAGAAUAUCACAUCCCAAUGGCGUGGAUCGAUGCUCGUGAUAUCACUGAAUGUCACUGAAUUGAUUAUUUACGGACCGCUGUCAUGCAUAAAUGCUGAGCCCGGGGUUCAACAAACAAACAGACCAGUACAUCUGAUUUCUAUAUCUCUAAAAUGAAGUUAAACAGAGAAUUCUGAAGGUAAAUAAUAAAGGCUGUGCCAUGUCAUUGUAGUAGAUAUUUCAUACACCAUGUCGUUUUUAGGGUCAUGUCAUCUACACGUAAGGGAGUUCCAUCACAGGAAUAUUUGUGUAGCAUGAUGGUUUUCUUUUGUUGAAAUCAAGUUUUUUAGAAGCUGUCAUCUGAUUUACUCAAGAAACCAAACAUUCUUCAUUUUAGAUUUGGAAGUCAAAGUUCACACAUGGUUGUGACCCAUGGAGGUGUUGUCAGACCUUCACACACAGAUGUAUUGUAUUGAGGUAAAAGAUCUGAUUUUGAUGAGAUUGUUAUAAUCACAGUAAACCUUGACCAGAGGUAUAUGAAUAAAUGUGUUGUAUGGUAUUAGAUUUAUGAUGUAAAAUAGUGAUGUUUUAUGAAAGGGCAUCUUGAGGCUGUGAUCACAUGCUCAAUUCCCAAGGCAUUUUAAAGACUUGCAUUUUUCUGUUACAAAGUCCCAAGAUGCAUAACUUGCACAUUUACAAUAUGGAUAGAUUUUCAGUGUUUUAGUAAAUUGGGCAUUUUUAGAAAUGCUUUGUAGAAGCCCUUUCUUCUUAGACAUUAUUGUUUUAGUUCAGUAGAGCUCCAAAAGACAUAUUUUAUUAUUUACAUUUUACAAAACAGAGGUAUGCCUUCUUUUGCACUUGCCUGUUUACUAUGUUGAUGUGGAAAGCUACAUGAACCAUUUCACUCCCCCCCCCCCCAUCCCUCCCCCAUCCCACAGAACGCUUACAGAGCCUUAAGGCCAGAUCAAUGUAAUUGCUGGUUUGCUGGUGUGUGUGUGUUUUUGAAAUAAAUAAAUACUCGACUAAAUGUAUUUGUUGCAUUGUGCAUAAUACUGUAUCUUCUUCAAACAAACACACACACACGCACGCAUGCAUGCACGCACACGCAAGCACGCACGCACGCACGCACGCACGCAGGCACACACACACACACACACACACACACACACACACACACACACACACACACACACACACACACACACACACACACACAGAGGAACAUAUUUUUAAGAUGGUGGGGAUUACGUCCUGUGACAGAUUCAGAUUAAAUUGACCUGGCCUUAUCAUAUUCCCAAAGCAAGGCAGUUAAAUGACUAUAAAAGUCCAGUUUCCACCCUUGCCAAACUAGGCUGGAAUUAUGGAAUUAUUUUUUGGCUUGACUAAGUCGACAUCCGGUUUGUAAACUGCCAUGCAGAUUUACACAAUAUAAAUUUUGAUUAUCGAUGAGAGCGUCUUGACUGUGCACUGCCAUUUUGUUUGAAGCAAAUUCAAGUGAUAGGAGUGGUGGAAUCUGAUUGGUCAAUUGGAGGGGCUUAGAAGGGACACAACUUGUUAUAGCCACUGGUGGCGUUAUGAUCGAGCCCAGAAAUUCCAGUCUAUAUCAGCAACUGUGGAAGCUGGACAUUUACAGUCAGUUAACUCCCUUGCCUCGGGCAGAUGAGGCCUUACAUGUACUUACAAGUGUGCCAAGACUGCUUUUUGGAAAGUGUCCUGGGUAUUCCAAAUAUCUUAACUACCCUAUUUUAACAAAGACUGUCAUAAAACAUGUGAAUUGUUUAACAAGGCCUAGAACUAGCCUUGACCUCAUUAUUUGUUUACAUGUAACCAUGGCAACAUGUAAUUGCUGGUAUCCUGUAACCAUGGAUGGCGCUCCACGAACAGCACAAUUUAUUGCUUGUGCCAAUAUUUCUGGUGUAUAAACAUGAAGUAUUAUUUGGGAUUUUAUGAAAUCUACUUUCAAUACAGAGAAGUAUAGAAACACAAAGUCAAUUAUAUUUGACAGUAAAGAAAAAUGAAUAGUACCUGUGUUGUCUUCUGAUAAUAUUUUCUGUGGAAGUUUAUGUCCUGAUUUUACCAGCUUGAUGAACAAAUAUAUAUGCCCAUUUAAUGGUGCUUUGUGAACAUACUACAUUAUUCAUACUAUGGAAGAUUUGAAGGCAAACCUAGGAUCCGCAUCUUCCUACUCCAUACUUGACCCAAAGAUGCCAUGUGGUGUAUAAGAACAAGUUUAUUUUCAUAGAUUUAAAGCCUGCUGAAGAAAUAUAUUAUAAGACUAAAAAUGCUCCCUCCCUUCCUAUUCACGGUCAGUUCUAUAAAGCAAUCUUAGCGCUAAGAGAACUGUAAUACCCAUUCUUUAACAUUGACUCGUGAAGCUAAGAUUGCUCUGUUGAACUUGACUCAGGUUUGAAAUCAUCAUGAGAAACAAAUAUUUGUUUAACUGUUUAAGUGCUAGUCUGCGAAUGUUUUGCAGGAUAAGAGGAAGCACUGCGAAUGUUUUGCAGGAUAAGAGGAAGCACUGCGAAUGUUUUGCAGGAUAAGAGGAAGCACUUCAAUCUCCCUUACUUCUUACUCUCCAUCUCAUUUCAUCAACAUUCAGAGCAUGUUUGUUCAGACACACGGAUGUAUGAUGUGUUCUGGCCAGUCCAGUCUGUCUUGUUUUACAGAUGUUUUAUAGGCCCAUAUGCCAAAAUUCAGGAAGAAAAAAGGAACUGUUAUCAAUGUCAAGUUACUAAACUUUGAAUGCAGAAUAUUAUUUUGAAAGCGCAGUGGUUUUGGGGUUGUUUUGCCCCACAAGAACACUCUAUAGAUAAAGAUCCUAACCAGAAGAGAGAGUAUGUAUCUGUUGGAUAGUGUAUUUCUUGUUCUUACUUUUGCAAUUUUACAACAGUUUCAUCUUUAAAUCUUAAGAACAAAAUCAUUCUGGCCACAUCUUACAACGUUUCAUGUUUGCAUCACACAACAUUAUCAAUGCAAAGAGACAUUACCAGGUGUUUUAGUGUUCCAGAUGAAGCUUGCCAAACAUUAAUAGUGUUAUCCUGUCAACAAGUGUUAUUUGUGUCAGAGUUUAGUCUUCGUUCUAACCUGCACCCAUGCAACUUUGUGUGUGUGUGUGCAAGAGUUGGUACAGAAGUGGAAAUGUUUUGUUGUAUUUGCUCAACGACAAAGUGAUGAAUGUGAUCCUGCUAACUUAUUCCUUGUUUGGUUUUAACCAUCCUCAAUGCAACCGGUCCCCGGUUAGCACUGAUGCAUCAGAAUGUAGGACAUAGUUUAUUAUUUAUCAUUUUGUUUUAUUGUUUUAUUUUCAUAGAUUUACGGUUGAGAGAAAUAUUUUUAGUUCUCAGAUUGUGUCUGCGUCAGUAAAACACAUGUUACCAUUUUUUUAAAGAAUAUAAAUCAAUGUUAUUGAGUUGUGGUCGCAUUAAUACACUAUGAUGAAUGAAGUUUCUUGUUGAUGUUAGCUGCUCUGUAAUUGGAGUAUUUAAUGGAUUGUUUUUUUAUAGAAAAGUUGUCUUGUGAAACUAGAUGAUUAAGAUGAUUACUUUAAAAUAAGAAUUAGACUAAGAUUUUCUUGACUGGGCGCCAACAUUUUAUUUGAAGCAAAAGCAAGUGAAAUGAGAGGUGGAAUCUAAUUGGUCAGUAGGAGGAACAUAGAAGGGACAUAACUCGUAGUAGCCUCUGUUGGCGCUAUGAUUGAACCCAGAAAUUCCAGCCUAUAUCGGCAAGGGCCUUGUGCUGUCAGUUAUCUCCCAUGCCUCGGGAAGAUGCACCCAGAAAGGUUACAAUGCAGUGACCUCAUAGUUUCAAGAAUGUUUUGCUCUCUAUUCCUAUCAUAAUAAAUUCGGAAUCAACUCACUUUUUGUUUAAUAUUUUAUGCCAUGGCUUUAAUGACUUGACAGUCUGUGAUCCUGAUAGCAUCUCGUCAUAUUUGCAGUGGAAUGACUCAGUGGAUUUGUUACAGGACUCCCAAUACACAUCCGCGCUAAGUUGUGAUAACGAAGUCGACCCAGCAGACAUCUUUAUGGCACUUAUUCAUUGUUGAAGACCACCUGUUUUAGUACGGGUGGAAACCCUAGCAUGUUUAGUUAUGUUAAAGUCUUGUGUAGGUUUUAUUUGUUACUAAAGAAGAUUAUAGCCUAUUGAUGGCCUGAGAGAUUUUAUUUCAUGACUUGUUUUGUUUGUCAGGAGGCUUGCUGUUGGAAAUAGUGUGAGUUUUGAUUUGGUUUUAUUGAGGGUAUGUGGUAUAGAGAUAGUUAUCUUCAGAUGUUGAUUUUUAUGGAUGAAGAAAUCCCUAAUUUGGUUAAAGUUAAAAAAACCCGGAUGUCUUUGAAAAUCUUCUAUUUUGACCCAUUUUUGUUUGUGUUUUAUAGCAAGAGUUAUUUUUAGGGAAAUAAAUAUCUAUUCAACCCGAUCAUAAUGUUUCGUUUUUUUUUAAUAACAUGUGCCUCUAUUCAACAAAUUCACAAAGACAGUCUAUAAAAGAAUAAAAAUUAUGAAUUUGGCUCUUUUUGUAUUACAGAUAAAGUCAAUCCUUUGAUCCUUUCUGAUGAAUGAUGUAUCCCUCGGUUACUUUAUACAUAGAUAGAUUCUAACUUUGCUUUGUUUUUCUGGUAGAUAGACUAGGAAUGAACAGAUUGCAGCAUAGUCCCUGUGCACUUUAAUUUCAGAUCCACAUUCCAUGACUCGGACAUUAAUUCCAAAAGACAGGUACCAUGGUUAUUUUGCGUCCUAUAGGUAGAAUAGACCUUGACCUUGACCUUGCACUCCACUGUAAGCCCUGAUGAAACACUUGUUGACCUGAUGUUUAUGCACCGACCUGUUUACAAGGUUGUGUCUAUUAAAUAUAUUUUUGUGUACUUUAUAUUACUUAGAAUGUGCCAUUCAUGUGUUGCAUGCAUUGAUAUUAAAAUAACUAUGUUUUAAUAACUGAUGACAGUAUGGAAGAACUUAAUAAAAUAUACAAAGGAAUGAAUCAAAUGUAGUUUAUAUGUUUGUGUGAUUAUCUCCCUUUACAAGGGGUCAAAAUUAAAACUGUUCCAUUGUACACGUUUGGUUCUGUGACAAUAUUCCCUGAAAGGGCUACAAUUCCAACAUGGCCUGGUACAAAAAGAAACUGAUAACAAUUAGUUCAACACCAUUACACAGUCUCAUGCAAUAAUACUGAAUUCGGGGAAAUAAUUUCUUCUUGAGAGAUGUACAGCAAAUAUGUACCGUGUCAUCUGUUGACUAGUCCAAGCUUACAUGGCAAUCAGCUGAUCACAGUUGCAGAGAUAUUGAAGUGUGACAUCAGAACCAAUGCCACAAUCAGAUUGUUAAGUCUGAAACAAUACUUCGCUGUGUGAAGAUCUAAGGAUGGCUCUGUUGGAGGUAAACUUUCAAAUCAGUGUUCAGGGUUCUAAUUUUUAGUACGCGUAAGCGGUAUUGUGGAUAUUUUAUACAUACUGUUGUCUGUGAGCACCAUGACAUCUUCACCUAAAUGGGUGUACUAUCUCGGGUAUACUUGUGUCCUGUAUGCUUUAUCCUUUGAUCAACAUUUCUGAAUCGAGGUGAUAGAGAAAUGAAGCCACAUCAUUUUGUGAAGCUGACAUCUGAUUUGCUCAAAAAGAAAUCCAUCCUUUAUUUAGUUUGCAAGGUCAAAGUUUGCUCAUUGGGCACUUGACGUGAGGUUUUCGUAUCGAAGUAAAGAUAUUAAUGACAUUGACAUCCCAUACUUUUAGUUUCCUUGGAAGGUGAGCUGCUGUACCUAUGUUUCUGUUGUAUUUGAUAAGUGACUUUGGCCUUGUGCUGGCUGAGAUAAAUGGCAGGAUAAGCCUGAAAACUAAGAUGCAUGGUAUUGAGAACUUAAUAUUGUGAAUGAUCACAGGUGAAGUGAAAAUCUGUCUUCUUAUCCAGUAUGUUCUCGUGUCCGAUCAGUAGGCAGGUGUAGGCAGUAUUUGUUCAAGGACCCAUAAUGCUGCAGUAUAGCUGACUGCAACUUUACAGAACUAUGUUAUAAAACGUUAUUGCUGUGUAAAAGAACAUGUGCAGUACUUUUUGUUGUGUAACCUUGUAAUAACCCUACAUGUUAGCCGAGUCCAGACUCAGAUGCUUCAUACAUUACAGUAUUGCUGGUGGCUUGUGUGCUGUAGCACAGACUAUUGGAAAAUGUAAUCCCUGUUAUGUGUGUAGGAGUAAUCUACUGUUGUAUUUUAUGAUAGGGACUUCAUCUGCUAUUAAAUAUUGGACUGGUGGACAUAACAGUUUGAACAAUGUUUUAUCCGUGUGCUUCUCGGCCCUUGCAUAGUCAGUCAAAAAUAUAACCAGUGAGGCAAAUAUAGUACUGGAAAGUAGGACCCGAUUCUUUCAUAAUACUGGAGUUAAUCUGUGAUGUCAUGACGAUAUUCAGCGAUUUCUCUUAUUUAGUGGGUCCCAGUCAUCUAAGGUGUUGCAAUUCACCAUGCAGAGGUGUGUCCCUUAGGCAUACCAGGAUCUCAUGAUCACUGAUUCCACACAUCGGCGCAUCCCUAUGCUGGUGCAUCCUUACAUCAAUACAUCCCCGCAAGGGAAUUUAAAAAAUAUGCACAGUACAAAUCGAGAACUUGGUUUAUCAGUUAGAAUUUUGCUAAUAGAAUGAUCUUAGUGCUAUAACUAUCACAUCUCUUAUUCUUUUUAUCUGAGGCAGUUAUGAAUAUGGUGCUGUGGAAAUAGCAAUGCAUCGAUAAAUUUGGACCCAUAGUGCCAUCCCUUAUAUAAUAAACAUAUGACUGUUAUGUGUUGUGAUAAUUUCAAAGUAAAAAUUGGAAUGUAAUAUAUAUUUAAUACUCAUUGUUGAUAGGGAUGGGUUAAUGAUGCUAAUGCACCACAAUAAGCUGCGGACUUGCAUCCUUUGCCAAGAGGUUUGACUCCUGUAUUCUCUGUGGCACGGAUCCUGUCAAAAUCAGACUCUGUCUGUGGGUCUCACCGAAGUGCUAGAAAACAAUGGCCUUCAUCACUUUGGGCUUCCAACAUCAAGCUGACAAACUGUUCAAUGCAGCGUUAAACCAAACUCUCUGAUAGGAACACGGGCGGAAGGGUAGCCCUGUGAUUCGCUCAUCACACCAAAGACCUGCGUUCAAUUCCCGCAGGGGUACAAUGUGGGAAGCCCAUUUAUGGUGCCCCCUGCCAUGAUAUUACUGGAAUGUUGCUAAUAAUGUGUGCAAAACAUACUCAGUCAGUUGAUAGGGCACAGAAUAUGCACACUGUUUCAAUGUGUACAUAUAACCAAAGUUUACACCAAUUUUGUGUAGUGUGGACAUAUAGGAUACUAGUAUUCCUAUCAAGGUUUUUUAGUAUUUAUUACUCAUAGAAAUAACAGCGUUCAUAAAAAUCAUAUGUGUACUUGUGCAAAUAUCACUUCAGACGCUCCAAUGUAUGUUCUACUUCAUCUGGACAGCAUUGUUGACAUCAUUCAAAUAAUGGAUAAUAAAGAAAUUAUUACACUCACACGUGUCACUGAUUUUACAAAACUUGGUAAGAAUUAUUAGAUUACCCUCUCUCGUGGAAAUACAAGAAUUCUGACAGUCGUUUCUUAAAAUCAGUAUGACACAUGCUCGUAUAAUAAUCUCUUUAUAUCAAAUGAUUUGACCAUCAUUACAUGAUGCUAUUUUUAUGCUGAAAAAAACUCACUUAUAGGGGUAGAAAGGGUUUCUGUUGUUUUGUUAUUUUCCUCUAUUCUUCUCACCAAGGCAGUGUUUGGUUGUCAUAGGAACAGUUUCAUUGGGAUAUUGAUUUCUUUUAUGUAAUGAUUUUACAUUUAGAGUUUUAGUUUUUAGAUUCGACUUUCAUUGUAUCUCUGUUAAUGUAUGUGACCAGAAACAUGGUCCUCAUUUCGUACCAGCAAUGUAUCCAAUCAAUGACGUAUUUACAAAUUUCAGCUAUUUUGAGAGCAUUUGAUUACUUCAGUGACUACUGUGAAUAUAAAUUAGUAAACUACCAGUGGCCUAGCGUAGUUGCUGAAGGCCUUGGCUACUUCCCCAACAUAGGUAUACAUACUUCAGUGACUACUGUGAAUAUGACUUAGUAAUCUACCAGUGGCCCAGCCUAGUUGCUGAAGGCCUUGUUCACUUCCCCAACAUAGGUAUACAUACUUCAGUGACUACUGUGAAUAUGACUUAGUUAUCUACCAGUGGCCUAGCCUAGUUGCUGAAGGCCUUGGCUACUUCCCCAACAUAGGUAUACAUACUUCAGUGACUACUGUGAAUAUGAAUUAGUAAUCUACCAGUGGCCUAGCCUAGUUGCUGAAGGCCUUGGCUACUUCCCCAACAUAGGUAUACAUACUUCAGUGACUACUGUGAAUAUGACUUAGUAAUCUACCAGUGGCCUAGCCUAGUUGCUGAAGGCCUUGGCUACUUCCCCAACAUAGGUAUACAUACUUCAGUGACUACUGUGAAUAUGACUUAGUUAUCUACCAGUGGCCUAGCCUAGUUGCUGAAGGCCUUGGCUACUUCCCCAACAUAGGUAUACAUACUUCAGUGACUACUGUGAAUAUGACUUAGUAAUCUACCAGUGGCCUAGCCUAGUUGCUGAAGGCCUUGGCUACUUCCCCAACAUAGGUAUACAUACUUCAGUGACUACUGUAAAUAUGACUUAGUUAUCUACCAGUGGCCUAGCCUAGUUGCUGAAGGCCUUGGCUACUUCCCCAACAUAGGUAUACAUACUUCAGUGACUACUGUAAAUAUGAAUUAGUAAUCUACCAGUGGCCUAGCCUAGUUGCUGAAAGCCUUGUUCACUUCCCCAACAUAGGUAUACAUACUGUGAAAUCUUGGUGUCCCUUGACAUGAUGUUGAGGGAAGUCUGAAUACAGGCCCAUCAACUUACUGACGUAAUCAGUUGUUAUUUAGGACCUAUGAGUUAUGGUUCUGUCUCAGGUGAUAUCACCACCAUUCACUGCUCCUGGUGUUGUGUAGUUCAUUGUUUUUACACUGUAGUAUUUUAUGCUUUGUUUCUGUAUGAUGUCAUCGAUACACAUAAAUAAACUGAAUAAACUGUCUCAUUAUAAA